AUGGAUGCGUUCGGAACUCGACGCAAGGGUAUCUGGGGCACGCCUGUCCUCUACGCCUGCGCCACGGAAGUCUUCCGUCUGGCCGAUGAGGCUCACAGGGCGUACCGCCCUCCUUGCACGCAUUGCGGUGCCAAGUGUCCCUCCGCUUCGUCGAACUCUGGCAGCCUUUGGAACUUCAAGGAGGUCGGCAAGCCUGGAGUUGAGGAACCUCCCAGCCAGGACCUUCAAGAGUUCAACAAGCACCGCCGUGCGCUCAAGCACGGACUGCGCAAGCAUCGCGCGGAGAAGAAGGCCCUUGACACCGACCUUUGCCGCCAGAUGGCCAAGCUCGCGAUCAAGCCCAAGGAAGGCCUUGGCCGCAAGAAGAAGACGGACACUCGAAAGCCUCUGACCAAGAAAGAGGGCUUUGCCACCAAGCAAGCUUGA